AUGGCAUCGUCCUCUGCAGCUGCGGCGUCGCUGCUGGGCCGGCAGCUCAAGGAGAUGCAAACGGGAAAGGACAUCCCCGGUAUCUCGUGCGGUCUGGUUAAUGACAACAGCAUCUUUGAGUGGGAGGUGAUGCUCAUGAUUAGUGAUGACUGCAAGUACUAUGGAGGAGGCAACUUCCGCGCCAGACUCACGUUCCCGGCAAACUACCCCCUCAUGCCGCCCUCCCUCACCUUCCAGACGCCCAUCCCCUUCCACCCAAACAUCUACCCGGACGGCCGGCUCUGCAUCUCGAUCCUACACCCGCCCGAGGAGGACCAGUACGGCUACGAGGCGGCCUCGGAGCGGUGGUCCCCUGUCCAGAGCCCCGAGACGAUUCUGCUGAGCACCAUCAGCCUAUUCCACGGACCUAACGACGAGUCGCCCGCCAACGUCGAGGCCGCGCGCAUGUUUCGCGAGGAGCGGGAGGGCAAGAAUAAGGACUUUCGGAGACGGUGUCGGGCUUGUGUGAGGGAGAGCCUGGGGGAGGAUUGA